AUGGCCACUCUUAUCGUACUACUCUAUGGCUUACUCGCAUUUGGAACCGUCUGGCUGGUGCGAAGGCAGUCCAAAAAUCACGAUGCUCAUCGUGUGAUGCGCAACAUUCCCGGACCUCCAUCUCGAUCCUGGAUGAAGGGAAACAUAAUGCAAUACUUCACGCGCCACGGGCGAGCAUUUCAACGAGAUGUGGCCCUCAACUAUGGACCCGUCGUGCGCCUUCAAGGUCCUCUCGGACGCAAAAUACUAUACGUCUCAGAUCCCAAGGCAUUGCACACGAUCAUCAUCAAAGAAGAGAACGUCUUUGAAGAACCUGAAUCGACCUUGAUCACCUUCAACUUGUUGUUCGGAGACUGUCUCGUUGGUAGCCUAGGUGAAAAUCACAGGCGGCAGAGAAAGCUACUCAAUCCUGUUUUCUCCGUGAACCACAUGCGUCACAUGUUGCCCAUGUUUUACAAUGUCAUUUUCAAGCUUCGAGAAGUGGUCAUGGCCAAGGUACGUGGGGGCGAGAAGGAGAUCGAUGUGUUGGAGUGGACAGGGCGAGCGGCACUCGAGCUGAUAGGACAAGGCGGCCUGGGGUACUCCUUUGAUCCUCUCGUUUCGGAUAAGGAGGCUAGGAACGAGUACGGGGACGCCCUCAAGGCAAUGCUCCCAGCCUUGAUGAACAUAGAGUCCCUGCGCCAGAUACUGCCACAUCUCGUCAAGAUGGGCCCAAAAUGGUUUCGCCGACUGGCCACGGACAUAUUCCCCAACGCACAUGUGCAGACCGUCAAACACGUGGUUGAUACGAUGAGCAAACGAUCUCAAGAGAUAUUCCAUGAGAAGAAGGCCGCCUUGAAGAGCGGAGAUGAAGCUGUCCUUCGCCAGGUCGGUGAAGGAAAAGACAUUAUGAGCAUCCUUCUCAGAGCCAACACGGCUGCAUCAGACGCAGACAAGCUUCCCGAGUCCCAGAUGGUCGCUCAAAUGUCGCUCCUGGUCUUCGCCGCUACGGACACUACUUCCAAUACUCUGGCGCAUAUCUUGCAAUUAUUGGCUGAGCACAGCAACGUGCAGUCCAAGCUGCGAGAAGAACUGCUUCAGUCGGGUGCAGGAACAGGCAAUACCUCGUACGACGAGCUUAUGAAGCUGCCUCUGCUGGACGCGGUUUGUCGAGAGACUCUUCGAGUGCAUCCCCCCGCGACGUUGUUGGUCAGGGUGCCCAGAAAAGACUCGAUACUUCCUCUAUCUGAGCCCGUCAUUGGACUCGAUGGCACGAUAAUCAAGGACGUUCCAGUCCCCGAAGGAACAGAAAUAGUCAUUGGCGUCUUCGGGUCGAAUGUCAACAAAUCGCUGUGGGGCGAGGAUGCCCUCGAGUGGAAACCUGAGCGUUGGCUCUCUCCCCUCCCACGCGCUGUCAACGACGCCUCCAUUCCAGGCGUAUAUUCUAACUUGAUGACGUUCCUCGGGGGAAAGCGCGCUUGCAUCGGCUUCAAGUUCUCAGAGAUGGAGAUGAAGGUCGUGCUUGCGGUGAUGGUGUCGAACUUCGUUUUCGAGUUGGAGAAAGAAAUCGAGUGGAAUGUUGCAGGCGUCGACUAUCCCACUGUCGUGUGGGAUGGCGACCGGCCGCAGUUGCCACUGAAGGUGAGGGUGUACAAGUCGUGA